GGCUUCGUAGGUCAACCUGGUCUCCCAGGCUUUAAAGGACAAAAAGGUGAACCAUCUUCAGCCUCAGGCAGAGGGCCACGAGGGGAUCAAGGGAAUAUUGGACUCAGGGGUCCUUCUGGGCAGCCUGGAACUCCUGGUAGGGAUGGCGUGAGAGGUGUCCCUGGUCAACGUGGUCUUCAGGGUGAUGAUGGAUUUGGCUUCCCAGGGGAUAAAGGUUUCCCUGGAUUACCUGGCCAAAAAGGGAAGUAUGGUGAAGUUGGCCUACCUGGCAUUGGUUUUCCGGGGCCAAGUGGACCUUUUGGAUCUACAGGUGAUCCAGGGAUCAGUGGCAUUCCAGGACAACCUGGACCUCCAGGGCCACCAGGUGAAGCUUUGCCCUGCAUAAUCCCUGGAAUCACUGGUCCACCUGGACUUCCGGGACCUUCAGGGUUUCCAGGUUCCAAGGGUAGCAAAGGAUAUCCUGGUUUUCCAGGGCAGCCAGGUUUCAAUGGCUUAAAAGGAGAACCGGGCAUACCUGGGGUGGCUCAAUUCCCAGGAAUGCCAGGGUUUCCUGGCCCUCCUGGAGAUCCCGGUUCAAAAGGACGACAAGGAGUUGAUGGGGGGGAUGGGGUGCCUGGUCCAGAAGGCUGUCCUGGUUUGGUUGGCCCAAAUGGAUCGCCUGGUGAUGUGGUUGGAGCUGAACCAGGGUCCCGAGGAGAACCUGGCUUGCCUGGCUUACCAGGAGAUAAUGGCGUUCCUGGAGAUUUUGGCUUUCCUGGAACACCAGGUUUGGAAGGAAAGCCCGGCCUGUCAGGUAGAAAAGGGGGAUGUGGGGAGCCGGGUCUUCCAGGCUUCGAUGGACUGCAAGGACCACCAGGACCAGGAGGUCCGUUUGGCAUCAAAGGAAAACCAGGUCCUGUGGGAACCAUCGGCCUUCCGGGAUCACAAGGACUUCCCGGAACCAAAGGACCAAGAGGAGAUGCUGGGUCACCAAGUCCUGCCGGCAUGAAAGGGUCCCCAGGUCUUGAGGGCCUGCCAGGACAGCCUGGAGAACGAGGAUUGCCUGGACCGCCAGGCCUCUGGGGCCCAGAUGGGUCUUCAGGUUUCCCAGGCUCAAAAGGUGAAAAGGGCUCGGUGGGUAUGACUGGUUUUCCUGGGAUGCCGGGGCCAACUGGGGUCCCUGGCCUGGAUGGCCUGAAAGGAACGUCGGGUGCACCAGGAAGAAAUGGAAACCCUGGAUUUUCUGGCUUACCUGGCCUCAAAGGUGAUAGAGGUGUCCGUGGUCCUCCUGGACCUCCCAUUUUCAGACCCCCAGAUCUGGCCCUCAGAUUCAAAGGGGACAGAGGAGAUCCUGGAUUGGAGGGACAAAGAGGAUUUCCAGGACUAAGAGGUGAUAAAGGAGCCCCAGGUGUCCGAGGGCAGCCUGGGCUUCCAGGGAGAGCUGGAUCCCCAUCUAGAGAGAAAGGACUGCCAGGAGACCCAGGUUUUCGAGGAACAUUUGGUUCUCCUGGGUUUUUGGGACAAAAGGGAUCUGGUGGUAUCUCAGGGUUUCCUGGAAUGCCUGGGGGACGUGGUGCUGAAGGUAUCCCAGGCUCCCCAGGCUCCCCAGGGGUUACCGGAUUGCGUGGUCCAAAGGGUGAUCGAGGGGAAUCACGAGGAAUCCCAGGUGGUGUGGGGCCUAAGGGCCAACGAGGGGACCAAGGGCUUCCAGGUGUAACAGGUGUCCAAGGAACAAAAGGUGACCCAGGAUAUUCAGGAGGUCCUGGACUAAAUGGACAGAAGGGGUCACCAGGUAACAGUGGACAAGAAGGACCACAAGGCUUCCCUGGAUCUGGUGGUUCAAGGGGAAACCCAGGUUUUCCAGGUAAUCCUGGGCAACGUGGACCUCCAGGAUUUCCUGGAAAUCCUGGCACUGCAGGACCAAAAGGAUUCCCAGGAUUCCCAGGACUGACUGGCCUAAAUGGCUUACCAGGCACCAAAGGCUCUCCCGGAAAACAAGGUAAAUCAAAAGAUCCUUAGAAACUUCCACAGUAAGAUCAAAUUGUCAGGGACCCAAGUAAUACACCCAUAGCAAACAGAACUCCAAGGCAGGAUGAUUCCUCAAAGAACAGUUUUAUUUAGUAUAUC